UAGAUUACUAAAAUCAUAUUAAGGUUAUUUGCAUUCAAAUAUGGUGUAAGUUGGAUUAAAUGAAGAAGAAAGUACAGUUUUCCUAGUUAACUUGUUAAUAAUCGCCAUAGCUGCUAUUGCAUUGGAAUAAAAGAAUUUUUGAAUUAAUAAUCGAUUUGAAGAUGAUGCAAAACCAUGUCUUGAGAUUUUUUCAUUCUGGAGUUUCCUGCUGGAGCUCUUCUCAAAACAAGUCUCUAUUAUCCAAGUUGAGGAAGAAGACUGGAUUCACUUUCUCAAAUUGCCGAAAAGCACUAGAAGUCAAUGAUAACAAUUUAGAGAAGGCCGAGAAAUGGCUGCAGGAGCAAGCGCAGGCGCUGGGCUGGUCGAAACUGUCGAAGCUGGAAGGCCGCGUGACCGCCCAGGGCAUGGUGGGGAUCGCCAUGGACGGCAGCGGCCGGAAUGCGGCUAUGAUCGAAGUCAACUGCGAGACCGACUUUGUCGCCCGCAAUAAGCACUUCAGGGAGAUGAUCAACAUGGUCUCCAGCUCUUGCCUGCAGCACGCUAAACUCAGCAACAACAAGGCGGGUCCCAUUUGCAAGGAGUUGCUAGACAGCGAGCAGAUGAAAUGCCUUACGGCGCCGGACGGGAAACCGCUGGCUGACCACGUGGCAUUGCUGGUGUCGUCAGUGGGUGAGAACGUGUCGCUGCGGCGUGCUGUGUGCGUGGGUGUGCGCGAGCCCACCUAUCACCUGGCCGGAUAUGCACAUCCCGGCAACGCUGAGGAGACCAACGUCAUGGCUGGCAAGUAUGGUGCGCUGCUCAUGUACGAGGCGCUCAAGACCAACCUCACCACUCAGCACACCAGUCGGCAGCUGUGUCAGCAUGUUGUCGGUAUGAAUCCCAAGACAAUCGAGAAAGAAGAAACUGAGGCUAACACUAACGUGCCGGGAGACGUUGCUGCCAACAAACCCUCUGCAGCAGUUGACCAGAAAACAGCGGAAAGCCAACCAGAAGCCGAUCACGAUGCGGAGUUCACAAACGACAGCGACAUCGAGAACAACGAAGAGACAGCAAUGCUGAGUCAGGACUUUCUGCUGGACCCGUCAGUGACUGUGAAGCAGGUGACGUCAGAGGCUGGCAUCACCGUUCACGACUUCAUCCGAUUCGAGACCGGAGAGAAAGUGCAGGAGGAAGUGAAGCAGGAUCCUGAGCCGAGAGCUCAGCAGAUGCGAGGUUGAAAGUUCGGCUAGGAAGGGUGAUGUAGUUGUAACUAAUGAUUAGCAUAAUACAACUUAUUUGCUACAGUAGCAGCACCAGGAGAUGGUUCAUGGACAAAUGUUAACCAGGGGCCAUCUCGUCGUGCGGCUACCAUCAUAUUUCCUUGUAACCAUAUACUACCCAUUCGUCUAUAUGCUAUACUGGAAAAAGUAUGAAUAGUUCUUGUUAUCAAUUUAAUUGAUUAUAUCCGUACUUUAUGAUACUUAUGUAUCUCGAAUGUCUUUUGAAAAUGGGAAUCAAAUUUUCAUCCAGAACUUGAUCCACACAUCUCAGAAAAAUAAAAUGAGACAUUAUGUUGUUAAUUUUUGCCCCACGUAGAAUGUAUGUGGAGAAAGAGCUCUUGAUAAACUAAGAAUAAACAAAUAUGAGGUUGUUAAAAUUAAACCUUCAAAUGAGAGAGAGUGGAACAAAAAGAUGAUUCUGUUUAUUCUUUGAAAUUACUGGGAAUUCUAUUUUUAUUCAAACCGAGAUAUUAAAAUAAAUGUCCUUCCUUAGUUUAAAUAAUUAUUCAGGACGUGAAUUUAUAAAAUAAUUUUGUUUCUUGGAUUGAACCUUUAUCUUUCGUCUUUGUAGCCUAUUCCAUUAAUAUGAUUAUUUUCAUACUUUUUAAAUUAUUCUGAUUUCAAUUAUUGAUCAUCUGAAAAAUAGUACAUUUUAAAUUAAAGGUUCUCUGGUUGAUGGUUCGUCAAAAUUAUAUAUUCGUUUUGAAAAUGGUCAACAUUGAGAAAAACGAAUGAGUUAACUUGUACAACUUUAUGACUUGUUGAUAAUCUAGAUAGGAGGUCAAUAUUUCAGAUCACUAUUACACAUUUCCGAAAUAGCUUGUAUUGAUUCAAUGAACUAAUUACACGAGAAAUAAAAUCUCUUGAAAAUUGAAA